AUGGAAAGUUUUGGGGCUAACAUCUCGAGCCCUUCCAGCUUCCUGCUAACAGGUUUUCCAGAGAUGGAGGGUCUGGAGCACUGGAUAGCUGCCCUCCUCCUUCUGCUGUAUGCUAUCUCCAUCGUGGGCAACACCCUCAUUCUCUUCAUCAUAAAGGAGGAGCAGAGUUUGCACCAGCCAAUGUACUAUUUCCUGUCCUUGCUGUCUGUCAAUGACCUGGGUGUGUCCUUUUCUACUUUGCCCACUGUACUGGCAGCCAUGUGCUUUCAUGCCCCAGAGACUGCCUUUGAUGCCUGCCUGAGCCAGAUGUUCUUCAUUCACUUUUUCUCCUGGACAGAGUCUGGGAUCCUGCUGGCCAUGAGUUUUGAUCGCUACGUGGCCAUCUGUAACCCACUGCGUUAUGCCACAGUGCUCACUGAUACACGUGUGGCUCACAUGGGUCUAUUCAUCAUCAUCCGCAGCUUCUGCAUGGUCUUCCCUCUGCCUUUCCUUCUCAAGAGGUUGCCUUUUUGUAGAGCCAAUGUGCUAACCCAUUCCUAUUGCUUGCACCCAGAUCUGAUCCGCCUGCCCUGUGGAGAUACCACCAUCAACAGCAUGUAUGGCCUGUUCAUUGUCAUCUCUGCCUUCGGUGUGGACUCUGUCCUCAUCCUCCUCUCCUAUGUACUCAUACUGCGAUCUGUGUUGGCCAUUGCCUCUCAGGACGAGAGGCUUAAGACACUCAACACAUGUGUAUCACACAUCUGCGCUGUGCUCAUCUUCUAUGUACCCAUGGUCAGUGUGUCCAUGGUGCAUCGAUUUGGGACGCAAGCUCCCGAGCAUGCGCACAAGUUCAUAUCCCUGGUGUAUCUCUUCGUGCCCCCAAUGCUUAACCCGAUUAUCUAUUCCAUUAAGACGAAAGAAAUUCGUAAGAGACUACAGAAAAUGUUAUUAGGACCUAAGUUCUGA